AUGACGCCUCCACCACUUGAAGCAGUGCCCAAGGCGCUGGAGAACUCGUUCAUUGGUAUUCUGGCUUACGAGACGAGGGACAUGCUGGACGAGUCAACACCCAGUCCAGAGCAGAUACCAGUCGCAAUGGGACGCUUGCUGGGCGACAAAUCGCUGUUUCUUCUGCUCUGCGAUGUUGCGGUGCACCCGGAGCACCAACGACGCGGGCUGGGAAAACGGAUGAUGAAAGCACUAGUCGACUAUGUGGAUGCAAACGCUCCCCAGGCGUACGUCAGCUUGGUUGCAGAGCCGGCUGCACAGAAGCUGUAUCCUCAGUACGGAUUCAAGGACGUGCAGCCCAGCAUUGGCAUGUACAGGAUGCUGAGGAGUCGACAACUCGCGGGCCAGACUGUCGAGGAGGGGUCAGGUGGGGCGGUGGGGCGGUGGGGCGGUGUGAAGGCGUGA